UGUAGUUAAGUCAACUCAUGGACUCCACCAAUGCGGCUUGCUAGUCGGAAGUACAGUUUAUUUCCACCGUGUUUGCGUGGCUUCGCACACAUAUGGACAAACGUCUGGCAUACAAUGGAUACCAGCAAUAAUGCCACAGCCCAGAAUGAUGCUGGUGGUGACGGGAGAUGAUUUCGGCUACUGUCCCAGGAGAAACCAGGGAAUUGUUGACUGCUUCCAGGCUGGAGGCAUUUCCAAUGUGUCACUGCUGGUUAAUGCCUCUGCUGCCAAAGAGGCAGCAGAUCUGGCUAAAAGGCACAACAUCCCAAUCGGCCUCCAUGCCAACCUGUCAGAGGGCACUCCCGUGUGCCAGAGCCUCCAGCAAGAUUCCACACUGAUAAACCAGCGUGGCUUCUUCCAUGGGAAGAUGGGCUUCCGUCAGGCACUGGAGAGAGGCCAGCUCAGCAUGAAACAGGUGGAGCUAGAGUUGAGGGCCCAAGUCAGGCUGUUCAGGGAACUGACAGGUCACCUGCCCCAUCACAUGGACGGACACCAACAUGUUCAUGUACUGCCAGAGGUGCGGGAGGUUUUUGCACAGGUCCUUUCGGAUCUCAAGAUUCCAUACACUCGUGUUCCAGUGGAGCCAGGUUUACACAGCUGCCCAACACUGCCAGCACACCUCCAAAGGUUCUACACACAGGUGGAGAAGGAUGCUCUGGACUCCAUCCCUGUCUUCACUCGCUAUGGAAUCAGAUGGCCAGACGUGUACCUGGGACUGACCACCAUGGGCCAGAACAUGUCCGUCCCCAACCUGCAGAGGGCCCUCAGCCAUGCCUUGGCUGCAGGUUCUCCAAGCACUACCUCCAGCAGCGCAUCAGGCUCCAGUCAGCCCAUGGUCACAGCAGAGCUUAUGGUCCACCCGGGUUACCCCAGUAACCCCCACGAAGGAGGCUGUGGAGAGGGCCCGGAUGACUUCUCCCAGUCGGCUGACAGACAGCAUGAGCUGAACGUGCUCACUGACCCGUCCCUACUGGCCAUCUACAGCCAAGAGGGAGUGCAGCUCUGUGCCUUCAAAGACAUCUGAGUACUGCUGUGUAAACAUGACAAACGUAUGUAUACUGUAGAGAGCUAAAGGACUCUAAAUCUGCCCUGAUGUGGGUCACUCCAUAUGUCUAGAAAGGGACAUUUGUUUUUUUUUAAUGCUAACUAAUAAAUAAUUAACUUUCUUGAUUAGAAUAUAUAAUAAUAAUAAUAAUAAUCAUGAAGGAUGAAUAAAUGAAUAAAGGAUCAAUGAGAGAUUGUAGUGAGUUACAGAGGCCAGUCAGGAGGUGGCGUCCGGACUUGAGCUCUCUAUAGAUCCUUGCAGUUGAACACAAAAUCCACUCUCAGCACAGAAGCACAGCAGAAAACUACAAUAACCUAAAGACUGGAAUGUUCUGGAAGUUUCCCUUUAAGUAAUGUGGAGAAGUGAAGUGAAGAGACUUUAUGUAAGCCAUACUCGGUGCUGCUUUACAGUACUGUGAUAUAGAUAAAUGGAUUGCACUACCUACAUGCCCUUCAUUGCACAUAUUCAUUUCAGCUUGGGUUUUUAUAAUGUACUUCUGUCCAUCAGUGUAAGGAUGAAAAGCAGCGAUCUGGGGCAGUCAGACAGGUUAGAAGCCACAAGAUGGCAAGUCAAACAGUGAAAUGAUCAGCCAGUGUGUUUGUUGUAAAGAUCCAUCACAGUUUACAUACCCACUACCUGCUUCAGCUGUCACCUACUGUAUUUACUGUAGCUGUGUUCACACACUUUUCCUGUGAAAUGAAGUAUUAUUAGCACCAAUUUAAACAUGCUAAAAUAGUCUGUUUCCAACCUGUCUGAUGGUCAUGACUUCUCUGUAGUGAUGUCACCCUGUUCCCAGAUGUCAGCUUUAACUUGGCGAAUAAAAUGUUACUAUCACAGAUGAAUGGUAAAAUACAGAAAGAAGACCCAAGCUGUUUUAAACUCUAGUUUACCUCACAGUGGAGUUAUGAUCUGAUCUUGAGGUUCAGACUCCAGUUUUAAGACCUUCAUUUUUUCAGUUUUGUGCUUAUGUGUUGCAUAUUCCUUCCUCCCAUUUAAUCAAACUCCCACGCAGGGAUCAGGGGUCAGGUAGAAUUCUAUUCAUAUAGAAACUCUGCACAGUGUAAAGUAAUAGAGGGGUGAGGUAAUGAAGCCAUGUAGUACUUGUGGUUUUUAUGAAUGACGGUGGAGGAUGAUUUUCAAUGAUCUCAGGUCUGUGUAGCACAAGUAGCACUGAUCAUCUAAUCACCUGCCAAAUGUGUGUCUCUAAGUGAAUGUUAUUUUAACAUCCACAUGUUAAAUCACUUGUAACUGCGGUAUGUUUGUAAUAUGUCCAGCUGUUAUCUGGGUAUUUGAGAUGUUAUAUUUUGAUAAAGUUUCUGUUGAAACUUUUUUAUACAUUGCUAUAUUGAAAUUAUUCCAGAGAUCACAGCUGAACUGCUGAGCUAAUAAAUGAUGUCAAAUUGCU